AUGUGUGUGCGCGCAUUUAUGAAUGGAAUCGAGGUGAUCCUGAAUGAGAGGUUUUACAAACCUGGCGAUGUUAUAUAUGGUGCUAUCUUCUAUCGUCAAUUGAGACCAUUAAAUGUGAAUACUAUUACCGCCCAAAUAAGAUCACCCUUUGCUUUACAAGUUGACACAACUCUUGUUAUGGACAAGGGGAUAAAAAAGUUGGAUAUGCUUACAACUAAUGCCUCAAAAAAGGCCCUUCCUGGAGUAUCGGUGAAGUUUUCCACCAAAGACCCUUGCUAUUCUUUAGGUGACUGCGUGACAGUCACCUCCUCUCUCUCCAUUUCAGAGCAUAUGCAUAUUGACUCAAUUAGUUACCGACUGCUAAGGCACGUGAAGUUAAAUUCGAGUUUAGCUAGUACUCCUGACGAUAGUCAGGUUUCUGAUGUACUUUUUGGUGCCAUUCGACCCGCGGUAACGCAUGAUGCUGUGACGGAUCUGGUUGAAUUGCCUUUACCCUGUGCUUCUCUUAAUGACUGCGUCUGGACGACGGAUGGCUCUCUCUUUUCUUGUCGUUAUGAAGUGGAGGUAACCAUAGCUAUCUCCCUGGACUCCAGUAUCACCACAACCGUGGGCAACGUUGAAUAUCCUCCGAUCACCCUUACCCUACCCGUGAAAGUGGUGCCGCCGCAGAUGAGUAAGGAGCCCUGCCUUCCUCCUUGGACGUCCCUGUGUCUGGUCGCCUUGGCUGAAGAUGAGCCGGGCGUAUCGCCUCAGUUGUCCAAAGCGGUAAUUCAGGAGUGGGGUAACCUCCCUGGCGCAUCUUUUGAGCCUUGCCAAACUGUCAGGAUUCAUGGUGGGCAACGCGGCACCGCUGGGCUCACGCCCUCCGCUGCUCAAAAAGACGUAACGCGUACUAGAUUCGAAGAAAUUAUUAUAAGUAUGCAGGCUUCAGAGACUAUGAUCUUCUAUACCGCCAGCAUCUUUUGGUGGCUGACUUACUACGGAAUCCUAAUGGCGCUGAAGCUGUUAUAA